UCGCCCUCGGCUCGUCCUGACGUCCCCAGCCCCCGCCUCUCUCCCCCCAGGCCUUCAAAGGGCGCUCGGGGUCUGUGGGGCUCGAGCUUCUGUCCGCAGCGGAGGGGCUCCUCCGUCACCUGCCAGCCGCGGGGCCCCCGGCGCGCGCUGGGUCCCCAGCUCCCUCCCGCGCCCCAGGAGCAGGUGCCGGGACUGCUUGUGGGACCCCGCCGAUCGCAGCCGCCAGCCACUCGCGCGGAGGUGGGACCAAGGAAGGGCGCGCAGGGCAGCCACAUGGAGAGCGGCGGCGGGACUGCCCCUGCUGGGGCGCUCGGGGCGGCGGCCGAGUCUCCACAAUGCCCGCUGCCUCCGGGGGGCGAGGGCGCGGCCGCACCGGCGGAGCCCGACGGGGCGGCCGAGGGCGUUGGGGGCGGGGGCGAGGGCGGGCCACAGCGGGCUUUGCGGGCAGUAUACGUGCGCAGCGAGAGCCCCCAGGGUGGCACGGCUGGCGGCCCCGAGGCGGGGGCGCGCCAGUGCCUGCUGCGGGCCUGCGAGGCCGAGGGCGCCCACCUGACCUCCGUGCCCUUCGGGGAGCUCGACUUCGGGGAAACGGCCGUGCUCGACGCCUUCUACGAUGCAGAUGUUGCAGUGGUGGACAUGAGUGAUGUCUCCAGACAGCCUUCACUUUUCUACCAUCUUGGAGUCCGUGAAAGCUUCGACAUGGCCAAUAAUGUGAUCCUGUACCAUGACACCGACCCUGACACUGCUCUUUCAUUGAAGGAUAUGGUAACUCAAAAAAACGCAGCAUCUAGUGGAAAUUAUUAUUUCAUCCCGUACAUCGUGACACCAUGUGCUGAUUAUUUUUGCUGUGAGAGCGAUGCCCAGAGGCGUGCCUCGGAGUACAUGCAGCCCAACUGGGACACCAUCCUGGGCCCACUGUGUGUGCCCCUGGUGGACAGGUUUACUAGCCUCCUCAAGGACAUCCACGUGACCUCAUGUGCUUAUUACAAAGAAACCUUGCUAAAUGACAUCCGGAGAGCCAGAGACAAAUACCAAGGUGAUGAGCUGGCGAAGGAGCUGGCCCGGAUCAAACUCCGCAUGGAUAAUACUGAAGUUCUGACCUCAGACAUCAUCAUUAAUUUACUGCUGUCCUACCGCGAUAUCCAGGACUAUGACGCAAUGGUGAAGCUGGUAGAAACACUGGAAAUGCUGCCUACGUGUGAUUUGGCUGACCAGCAUAAUAUUAAAUUCCACUAUGCUUUUGCACUGAAUAGGAGAAAUAGUGCAGGCGACCGUGGGAAGGCUCUGCAGGUCAUGCUCCAGGUUCUGCAGAGCUGUGACCGCCCGGCCCCUGACAUGUUCUGCCUGUGUGGGAGGAUCUACAAGGACAUCUUCCUGGAUUCAGACUGCAAAGAUGAUGCCAGCCGAGACAGUGCCAUUGAGUGGUAUCGCAAAGGGUUUGAGCUCCAGUCAUCUCUUUAUUCAGGAAUUAACCUUGCUGUUCUGCUGAUAGUUGCUGGACAACAAUUUGAAACCUCCAUGGAACUAAGGAAAAUAGGUGUCCGACUGAACAGUUUGUUGGGAAGAAAAGGGAGCUUGGAGAAAAUGAACAAUUACUGGGAUGUGGGUCAGUUCUUCAACGUCAGCAUGUUGGCCAGUGACGUUGGGAAGGCCGUCCAGGCAGCAGAGAGGUUGUUCAAACUGAAACCUCCAGUCUGGUACCUGCGAUCAUUAGUUCAGAACUUACUAUUAAUUCAGCGCUUCAAGAAACCCAUUAUCGAACAUUCACCCAGGCAAGAACGGCUUAACUUCUGGUUAGAUAUAAUUUUCGAGGCAACAAACGAAGUUACUAAUGGACUCAGAUUUCCAGUUCUGGUGAUAGAACCAACCAAAGUCUACCAGCCUUCGUACGUCUCUAUAAACAAUGAAGCUGAGGAGAGGACGGUUUCUCUGUGGCAUGUCUCACCCGCGGAAAUGAAACAAAUCCAUGAAUGGAAUUUUACAGCCUCUUCCAUUAGGGGAAUAAGCAUAUCCAAGUUUGAUGAGCGGUGUUGUUUUCUCUAUGUCCACGAUAAUUCUGAUGACUUUCAAAUCUACUUUUCCACCGAAGAGCAGUGUAGUAGGUUUUGCUUUUUGGUCAAAGAGAUGAUAACCAAUGCAGUGGGCAGUACAGUGGAGCUGGAGGGAGAGACCGACGGGGACACCUUAGAGUAUGAGUAUGACCACGAUGUGAAGGGUGACAGAGUUGUGCUGGGGAAAGGCACGUACGGGAUCGUAUAUGCCGGAAGAGAUCUGAGCAAUCAAGUGCGAAUAGCCAUCAAAGAAAUCCCAGAGAGAGAUAGCAGGUACUCUCAGCCUCUGCAUGAGGAGAUAGCCCUUCACAAGUACCUCAAGCACCGCAAUAUCGUUCAGUACCUUGGCUCUGUUUCCGAGGAUGGCUACAUUAAGAUCUUUAUGGAGCAGGUGCCUGGGGGAAGCCUUUCUGCUCUUUUGCGAUCAAAAUGGGGGCCAAUGAAGGAGCCCUCCAUCAAGUUUUACACCAAGCAGAUCCUAGAAGGCCUUAAGUAUCUCCAUGAAAACCAGAUUGUGCACAGAGACAUCAAGGGUGAUAAUGUCCUGGUGAAUACCUAUAGCGGAGUGGUGAAAAUCUCCGAUUUUGGAACCUCUAAGCGUCUUGCAGGAGUGAAUCCAUGUACGGAGACUUUUGCUGGCACUCUGCAGUACAUGGCGCCUGAGAUUAUUGAUCAAGGACCUCGCGGAUAUGGUGCCCCAGCUGAUAUCUGGUCCCUGGGCUGUACCAUCAUUGAGAUGGCCACCAGCAGGCCUCCGUUCCAUGAGCUCGGUGAACCGCAGGCAGCAAUGUUCAAAGUGGGGAUGUUUAAGAUCCACCCUGAGAUUCCAGAAGCCCUUUCAGCUGAAGCCAGAGCCUUCAUUUUAUCCUGUUUUGAGCCUGACCCCCACAAACGUGUCACUGCCACUGACCUGCUCAAAGAGGGUUUCUUACGGCAGGUGCACAAGGGCAAGAAGAACCGAAUUGCUUUCAAGCCACCAGAGGGUGCCCGGGGUGCUACCCUGGCCCUGCCCAUGUUGGGGGAGCCCGUGGGCAGCAGCAGCAGCAGCAGUGAGCAUGGCUCUGUCUCUCCCGACUCCGACGCCCAGUCCGACACGUUCUUCGAGAAAGGCCGGGCGGCCAAGCACCAGCUCAGCCACCUGCUCAGUGUUCCGGAUGAGAGCUCGGUCUUGGAAGACCGGAGCGCAGCCUCAUCCCCAGAGGACAGGGACCCGGGUCUCUUCCUGCUGCGCAAGGACAGCGAGCGCCGCGCCAUCCUGUACAGAAUCCUCUGGGAGGAGCAGAACCAGGUGGCCUCCAACCUGCUGGAGUGUGUGGCCCAGGGUUCUGAAGAGUUGCAUCUCUCAGUCGGCCACAUCAAGCAAAUAAUUGGGAUCCUGAGGGACUUCAUCCGCUCCCCAGAGCACAGGGUGAUGGCAUCCACUAUAUCAAAACUAAAGGUGGAUCUGGACUUUGACAGCUCGUCCAUCAAUCAGAUUCACCUGGCACUGUUUGGAUUUCAGGAUGCUGUAAAUAAAAUUUUGAGAAACCAUUUAAUUAGGCCCCACUGGAUGUUUGCCAUGGACAACAUCAUCCGUCGAGCGGUGCAGGCCGCAGUCACCAUUCUCAUGCCAGAGCUCCGAGCACACUUUGAGCCUGCCUCAGAGACUGAAGGGGUGGAUAAGGACACGGACGAGGUGGAAGAGGACUAUCCCCCAACAGACCCGCCCGCAAGCGAGGCGCAGAUAGCAUACGGAGGGAGCAGACCCGCUUCGGUGGUUGUCCAGGAGGCCCAGCCCCAGCAGCUCCACCAGCAGCAUCUGAGCCUCCAGCUGGGCAAGCUCAGGCAGGAGACCAACAGACUUUUGGAACACCUAGUUCAAAAAGAGAGAGAGUACCAGAACCUUCUACGGCAAACACUAGAACAGAAAACUCAAGAAUUGUAUCACCUUCAGUUACAAUUCAAAUCUAACGAUAUUACAGAGACCUCAGCAUCCCCUCCUGGGUCCUCUGGGCAGAGAACAGAUAAAGAGCUUGUAGACUGGCUGCAGCUGCAAGGAGCGGAUGCGAAUACAAUUGAAAAGAUUGUUGAAGAGGGUUAUACACUUUCUGAUAUUCUGAAUGACAUCACUAAGGAGGAUCUUAGAUACCUUAGACUACGUGGUGGUCUCCUCUGCAGGCUCUGGACUGCAGUCUCCCAGUACAGAAGAGGGGCUCAGGGGUCCCCAGCAACCCAAGAUGAAGCUUAAUCAGUCCACUAAGCCGGGGGACAGAGGGAGCAAAGAGCCAACACCUUUGUUAACAUACACACGAAUUCUGA